GGAUGGAUGGAUGAUGUGAAGCAAGAGCACCAUUAACGCGGCUGACUGGACAUUCUUUCACACAUUGUGCAGAAGUUUGGCCACCCUGGUCAAAUUCCACGUUCAUAUACGUGCAGAGGAUGUUGAACUUAAUUUCAGGCGUGUUUAUGGCCCAGUCUCUCUCAGACUCGCAUUCUAAGCGUGACUGUUUCAGAACCGGGUUCUCUGCGUCGGCGUCCGUUACAAGAUGAAGCUUCUUCCACAUCUGUGUUUCUUCACUGUGUUCAUUUUUACUGCAGAUGGACAGAUGGCAGAUCUCUGUACAGGAGUCUUGGACUUUGCGCUCUGCAAAGACUCUGAUACCUUCAACUGUAAUAAAAGUAUCAGCGCAUGCUUCUGCAAAUCAGGGAAGCCGUUCUGCAGGUGUAAUAACUUCAAAGAUGAGUUCUAUCUGGGUGAGAACUGUAAUCAGAAGUGGACGACACUGACCUUCGCCCUCGUGGCCUCUCUUCCUGGAAUAACUCUGGCUCUGGUGGUGGGAGUGACCGUCCACAUCAUACACAUUUGUCAGAAGUCCAGCAAGAGCACUGGAGAAAGCAAACAGCAGUCCAGCUCGGAGGAGACCAUGUUCCCUGGAAUAGUUUUUGCAUCCGAUGUGAAUGCUCGUCCUAAUGGUCAUCCUCCUAGUCCAAGCCCACCACAAGGUGGAUUUACUGCGCAACCUGCAUCCUCACGCCCGUACAGUAUUCAAGGCAACUCACGUCCUUUUGCUGAGAAACCAUCAAUGGGAGACUCUCGGCCGCCGUACAGCCCCUCUGCUAGUAUGCAUCCAACAGCUGACAGACCACCAAUGGGAGGGCCUCGUCCACCCAACAGCAUUCUACCUUCCUCACCCAGAGCGGGGGGCUCAUUUAAUAAGCCGGGUCUAGGAGGACCCCAACAGCCCUACAGCUACACAGCAGGUCCAGGUCAAGUGCUCAGUAACCCGUAUGCUAAAAGCAGGAAUCCAUAUGAAGAGCGCAGUCCGUCUCCAGAUCAGUACAGGAGCUACGACCCACCUUCAUCUCCUCAGGCUUACGACGACAGGAGAACAGGUCCGUCUUCAGCGCCGUCCUACGCUGCUCCGGACUACAGCAACCGCAGCGCUUUCCCUCGAGCUCAAAUCAACCGCAUGUACUGAAGAUGAAAUGUGAAAUAUGAAAUGUAUUGUUUGUCAAAGGUUAACUUACACCUCACCUUUCAAAACAUUUUUAAUAUACAUGAGUCUUAUUUGUCAUUUUACUGUAGUAACACCUCCUCCCGUGUUUUUAGAGAACAUCACACAUAAAUAUUUGCGCUAAUAUUAAUGAGUGUGUUAGCCUGGCAAUUAAUAAAAUCAGGACAGAAUAGAUUUAUAGCUGCUGUUCACACGUUUGACCACCAGGUGUCACCAAUGUGUACAAAUUUUAAAAGCUCAGAGCUAAUUAACUCUUUUUAGAUAUAGUGCAAAAUAAAACAUCUCUGCUUAGCCACAGUGCUAUUUUAGGAAUAAAGCUAAAGGCCACGCCCACUUGUUGUGAAGGCUACACUCAAAUCAUUUGGUGUUUGAGCCACCUUUAGAGCCAAAAGAGUUUUAAAAUGAGCUUUUAACAAUAGCUUGGAAAAGAAGUAUCAAAUCAAAUUAACAGCAAGAAAAUUUUAAAAGAAUGAAAGAUGUUUCCAAGCUUUAGAUGGGCAGUUUGGAUUUUCUUCAUUUUUAAACCAGCCACAUCUCGUUUUAUCAAAAUCUGCUUGUUGUUGUUGUUUAAAUUGUUAUUCAUCCUGAUAAAUUGUCACAUAUAUAUGCCA